GACAAGUGUUCAAAAGAAGUCAAUCGACCUUCAGUUAAAGAACAAUACCAUUGUGGAGUUUAAAAUGAUCAUAGCGUUAGAACAAAGGAACGCUUUUGAUUUUUAUAUGAAAUCAUAAUUCGUUUACUGUGAACAUUGCAAAAACGUUUUUUUUGUUUGUUUAAUUUUCAUAUAAAUGACUUAAGGAAUGUGCGUAAUUAAGUUAGCUCACAGUUUGACUGCGAUUUAUGUUGCGAAAAUAAACCAUUUGCAACAAGCUAUGCGGCCUUUAUGCUUGUCUAAGGAUGUUUGUCUAAGGAUGUUCGUCUAAGGCUUAAAAGUGAAUUUAUUUAUUUAUUUAACCUCCUGGUAUAGACAAUUUACGAGUAAAAGUCAAUCUAUUGUCUGAGUGAGCAAUUGACAUCCGUUGUUUCGACCCCGACGAGAUUUAUAAAUUCAUUAGACGAAAUCGGACGAAUACGGAAACAGCCGAGAGGUUCCGAUUGCAGAUUUAGCACCAGUGUCUUCAUGGAUAGGUGCCCUUUGUGUUUCGGGUCGUUCCAGAAGGCGAAACUACUUCCGUGUCUGGAUACCGUCUGCUUCACGUGUCUUGACGAGUAUGUGGUGAAGAAUGCGCGCGCAUCCGGGACAUUUCCUUGUCCGGUGUGUCACCUCGAGGUGCCCGUGCCGGAAGGGGGCAUCUCAAAAUUUGACGAUAACCAAUACAUCAAACUGGAACAGACGCUUGAAAAAACGCCCGCAGACCCAGAUUUGCCUUGUCUAUGUGAGGUGUGCGAGGAGAAGCAGGAUGCCGUACAGCGAUGUCUGGACUGUGAGCAGAACUUCUGUAAACCGUGCAGCAGGGCCCACCUCCGCCUCAACAUCGCCAAGUCCCACACCCUCGCCAACAUAGCUGGGCCCGAAGGCAGGAAAUAUCUCACAGCCACUGGUUACUGCGACAAACACAAGAACGAGGAGCUGACCUUUUAUUGUCGCACGUGCCAAUUCCCCGUCUGCAUGCGAUGUCGUCUGACGGUGCACGAGGACCAUACAACAGAAGAUCUCGUUGACUUCGCGGUACGCGCGAGACGAGAACUCAAAAUUGCGCUCGAUGAAAACAAUGGAUUCCGAUUCCAAAUGUUAAAUGAAAUUGAGGAAUUACGGGUGUAUGCAGAUAAAAUGGACAAAGCCAAAACAGAGAUUAAGAAAAUAAUAGGGAAUCGCAGAGAGCAAUUUCAUAAAUCGAUCGACACAUUGUGUGACAACAUGAUAAACAAACUGGAAACGGAAGUUGUUAGCGAGGAGGUGAGGAUUUUAGAAGACAAGGACUAUGCAGAAACCGAUAUGUUGACACUUUCACAAAAAAUAGCUACCGCAAAUCAAAUGGUUGAUUUUGGUUCCGAUAUAGAGGUUGUUCGAAACAGGCAGGAUAUAAUUGGCAGUUUGGCCCUUGCGAAGAAAGAAAUCCCCCUCAGUAUGACUGGUAUUAAACUAAACAUCGAGUUUAAUUACCAGAAGCAAGCGGAACAGAGCCUCCGCUACUUGUUUGGCCGGCUUUCCAUUGAUAUUACUCCGCCAAACUACAUCUCUGUUAGCGAGGUAGCAACAUUCCGCGUUGAAAAUACGUCUGACGUCAUCAACGCAAUAUGCCCAUCAAUGGACGAUAAAUGUUGGGUGGCCUGCGGUUGGAAGUCGGAAGUUUUUCUGUUUGACAGGUUUGGGCAGCAAAUACGCUCUAAACAUCUGGGGCGUGACGUCGAUUGUUUGGCUAUAGAUUCAGACGGCAACGCAUACGUCUCGUGCCGGGAGGAACACUCGGUAAAGAGGUUUGAUAGGAACUUCCGGCGGCGCAUGGCGACGUUAAACAUUGAGUAUCCUCGCGGGAUCGCUACGACAAAUGAUAACAAGUUGGUAAUUUGCGUGAACAAAACCACAACGUAUUUUGAUUAUGACCCGAGCCAUCAAAACCGAGUAUUGAAGCUUGGGCCCGACGGAGAUGAAUCGAAGGAGUUGAAGAACCCGUCACUUUGUUUCAUGUACCCAAUAAGGGUCGCUGUCAACAUUACUGACGAGCUGUGUGUAUCUGAUAACAUCAAACACGCAGUUCUGUUUCUGAAACCGAACGGAGAAAUUAAGUACGUCUAUAGUGGGGAGCGGAAAACAGACGACAUAUCCCUCGUUAAAGCGCCAACGCGAACAAACCUUAUGACGGCGAAAUCGUCCACCACACGAGCUGGUACCGUCAGUCUGAAGCCUCCUGAGAGCCGGAAAGAACAAGACGGCCCACUGGAGUCGACGCCGAAAUCCAUUUUAGACAAAACACGUCCCCCGCUGAACAACAGUCCAAAAACCGUACAAACGCCCGAGCAAGCUUUAGCACCAAUUAACUACAGCUACGAAAGCACGUUUGAGACAAGUGUGUCACUUGAGAGCACCGGAACACUGAAAGAGAUCACCAACGCGCAGGGCGGCGAGGAAAAUAUACUUGUUCCGGCGCACAUCAAGGCGCUCAGCGGCAUGACCGGCGCCCUAGAGACGGCGAGCGUCACUGACGUGGAAUCGGAGAUGGAUUACGAGCCCUAUGUCCCACCUUUCGACCCGCGGGGUAUCACGUGCGAUAAGUACGGUCACGUGAUUGUGUGCGACUACAGCAGCAACAGGGUCCAUCUGCUGGACAAACAUGGUCGCUUCCUUAUGUAUCUUCUCACAGAGGCGGAUGGGAUUUUCGGACCCACCUCUGUGGCCGUGGACAAGGCUGGCUUCCUCUGGGUCGGCGGCGGCGACGCCACGGUCAAGAUUUAUAAAUACAUUGAUUUGGAAAGCAGCACGUACUGAAGGAUCGUUUAUCAUAGCUUUUAUUUUUUGUCAGGCAUAUUAUUUCCCUAUCAUUUUCAUGUCUGUUCCCUUUGUCGUAUCUCUUUAUUAUUCUAUUAAAAUUGUUACUUC